CUAGGGUUGGACCGUGCAGGCACGGGCGGUCAGCUGCGCCGCAGCUUUUCCGGCUCCGCAGGGUCACGGAGGAAGCCAGCUCCCCUAGUCCAGGCCGAGCUUGCACUUGCAUCUUGUUUGCUGCUGCUGAACCAAGAUUCAGCUGUGCGCCUUCCUUGCAGUCUCCUGGAACCAGCAGGAGGAAACAUGGGGGAUACUGGCCUGAGAAAGCGGAGAGAGGAUGAGAAGUCGAUCCAGAGCCAAGAGCCCAAGACCACCAAUCUCCAAAAGGAGCUGGGCCUCAUCAGUGGCAUCUGCAUCAUCGUGGGCACCAUCAUCGGCUCUGGGAUCUUCAUUUCCCCCAAGUCUGUGCUCAGCAACACGGAAGCUGUGGGGCCCUGCCUCAUCAUAUGGGCGGUUUGCGGGGUCCUCGCGAUGCUGGGCGCCCUGUGCUUUGCGGAACUUGGCACGAUGAUCACCAAGUCAGGGGGCGAGUAUCCCUACCUGAUGGAGGCCUACGGGCCCAUCCCCGCCUACCUCUUCUCCUGGGUCAGCCUGGUGGUCAUGAAGCCCUCGUCCUUCGCCAUCAUCUGCCUCAGCUUCUCCGAGUAUGUGUGCACGCCCUUCUACGUGGGCUGCAAACCUCCUGUAAUUGUUGUGAAAUGCCUGGCCGCUGCCGCCAUCUUGUUCAUCACGACGGUGAACUCACUGAGCGUGCGGCUGGGAAGCUACGUCCAGAACAUCUUCACCGCGGCCAAGCUGGUGAUCGUAGCCAUCAUCAUCAUCAGCGGGCUCGUGCUCCUGGCCCAAGGAAACACAAAGAAUUUUGAGAAUUCUUUCGAGGGCGCCCAGCUGUCUGUGGGAGCCAUCAGCCUGGCGUUUUACAAUGGACUCUGGGCCUACGAUGGAUGGAGGCCGAGAAGACCCUCAGGACUCAUCUCGCUUCUCUUACAGACGUUUGGUGACCGUGUUCUCUAUCCAGCGUCUUGGGUCGUUCCACUUUUUGUGGCAUUUUCAACCAUCGGUGCUGCUAACGGGAGCUGCUUCACAGCGGGCAGACUCAUUUAUGUGGCGGGCCGGGAGGGCCACAUGCUCAAAGUGCUUUCUUACAUCAGCGUCAAGCGCCUCACUCCAGCCCCCGCCAUCAUCUUCCACGGUAUCAUAGCAACGAUUUAUAUCAUCCCUGGUGACAUAAACUCGUUAGUUAAUUAUUUCAGCUUUGCCGCAUGGCUCUUUUAUGGCCUGACGAUUCUAGGACUCAUCGUGAUGAGAUUUACAAGGAAAGAGCUGGAAAGGCCUAUCAAGGUGCCCAUAGUCAUCCCUGUCUUGGUGACAUUCAUCUCUGUGUUUUUGAUUCUGGCUCCAAUCAUCAGCAAGCCUGCAUGGGAGUACCUCUACUGUGUGCUGUUUAUAUUAAGCGGCCUUAUAUUUUACUUCCUGUUUGUCCACUACAAGUUUGGAUGGGCUCAGAAAAUAUCAAAGCCAAUUACCAUGCACCUUCAGAUGCUAAUGGAAGUGGUCCCACCGGAGGAAGACCCUGAGUAACAAGCUCCAUCUCUUGUAGCCAAGUCAAAGCUGAAUUUAUUUUCUUAAGCAAUAUUUGUGGUUAUUUCUUCCUGAUUUUUUUCUUAUGAAUAAAAUAUACUCAGAUGUUUAAAA